CAUCAUCUCGACAUUUUCGACGCAACGUUCACGUGCAAAGGACGGAGGAAGCACGGUGCAGCGCACAAGGUCAGUCGUCCUCUUGCGAAGCAUCUCAUCCCUCGGCCCCCCCACGCCGCUCGAAACGGCGCCGUUUCGGGCCGGGUGAGGAGAUCCAGAAUCGGAGCUCCCUCGAUCCCGACGCAAGACAGGAUCGGAUCCCGUCAAAAAGGCAGGCGAGCGGGGGAGCGCUUCGCUUCUCGCUCCUGCAAAGGGAAAAAUGGAGGACUGGUGGAAGCGAGCCAAGACCUUCGCCGAGGAGGCCGCGAAGACGUCCCAGACCCUCGCCGCCUCCGCCGCCUCCUCCGCCGCCUCCGCCAAGAUCUCCGAUCUCAUCUCCGAGACCGCCAAGAAGUCCCGCGAGCUCGCCCUCGAGGCCUCCAAGAAGGCCGACGACCUCAAGGCCGCCGCCCUCCAGCAGGCCGACCAGAUCAAGUCCAUCGCCGCCCUCCCCCCGCCGCUCGUCGCCGGCCCCUCCGGCAAUGCCGCCACCCCGGAGGCGGCGGCGGAGGAGCUCGAGAAGCUCGGCGUCACCGGCGACCUGCGGGAGUUCGUCAAGGGGUUCACGCCCGCCACGUUCCAGAACUUCCCGAUCCGAGAUGACGAGGAGAAGGAGGAGGAGGGCGAUGCCGCCGCGGCUGGUUCGAACGUGAGGCGGGAUCUUACGGAGUGGCAAGCGAAGCACGCGACUCUCGUUCUCACCACCGUGAAGGAAAUUUCGCGGCUGCGAUAUCAAUUGUGUCCUCGGGUCAUGAAAGAGAGGAGAUUUUGGAGGAUCUAUUUUACUCUUGUGAGCACUCACGUGGCCCCAUUUGAGAAAAGGUACUUGGAGGACGCUAAGCUCAAGGCUGUGGAGCAGGCUAAAGCUGAGAAGAUGAUGCAGGCCCCAGUUGCAGAGAUCCAAAAUCCUAAUGCGGUGGAGAAGAACGCAAAAAGCAGUACAUCGAGUUUGUCAGCUCAGCAAGACUUGGAUACUUUUCUUCUAGGAGAUCUUGAGGACAGUGAUGGAGGCGCAGAUGAUGGUGAAGGGAGCUUUGCUGAUGAUUUUGAUAAGAUUGAUAAUCUGGAUGAUGAGGAUGAGGAGGAUCAGCAGAAACCAACAUGAUCAAAGACUUGGAGGAACUUCCCAUGGUGGUUGUUUACUAGAGGCUAGAUCGAUAAUAUAUGUAAAUACCCAUGUUGUCCCUCUCCAGUCUGGAGUGAACUUGCUCUCUCUUGCUUGCUGUUUUGGACACUCCCUUAAUUUAUUCGCUUGGAACAUGAAUAUGAAAAUUUCACAUGCUUGGUUU